CAUCAGCGUGCGACCAUCUGCACCUUGAUUGGUGGAGGCAAGAGGCCGUUCCCCGAACCUCAAACCUUUUCAUGUCCACGCUCUCAGUGUUUCUGAACACCGGGAUCCAACUCGGUUAAGGCGUUUGACUCAUUUUCACUUAUCUUAAAAAGAAGGUUGAAGAAGAGUCAAGUUUGAAACCCGCACAACGGCAGGAAAACCGUAAACUGAGCCAUGUUACGAUUCAUCAAUUAUCAAGCUAAACCCAAGUUUGGGCUCCUUGUGGGUCAACGUCGCCUUGAACACCACAGAGCCGUGAUGGCCAUCCGCCGGGAAGAUGUUAAUCCAUGGGAGAGGAGGGCACCUCUGGCCCCACGCCACGUGAAAGAGCUCACCAAUGCUGGCGUUAAAGUUCUGGUUCAACCAUCCAACCGUAGAGCCAUCCAUGAGAAGUACUACAUCAAGGCUGGAGCUGUUGUCCAGGAGGACAUUUCACAGGCUUCACUGAUAAUUGGAGUGAAGAGGCCACCAGAGGAGAAGAUCAUCCCUAGGAAGACCUAUGCUUUUUUCUCUCAUACCAUCAAAGCUCAAGAGGCGAACAUGGGGCUUCUGGAGGACUUGCUGAAAAAGGAAGUCCGCCUCAUUGAUUAUGAGAAAAUGGUAGAUGCCAACGGUUACCGAAUUGUAGCUUUUGGUCAGUGGGCUGGUGUAGCAGGAAUGAUAAACAUUCUGCAUGGAUUGGGUCUUCGGUUCUUAGCCUUAGGCCAUCACACACCUUUUAUGCACAUUGGCAUGGCUCAUAACUACAGGAAUGUAAGCCAGGCGAUCCAAGCAGUGAGGGACUGUGGAUACGAGAUUUCCAUGGGUCUUAUGCCUAAAUCGAUUGGACCUGUGACAUUUUGCUUCACUGGAACUGGAAAUGUCUCCAAAGGAGCCCAAGACAUCAUCAAUGAACUUCCUGUUGAGUACGUCGAACCUCAUGAGUUGAAAGAGGUCUCUGAAAUUGGAGACAUGACCAAAGUGUAUGCAACAGUUCUGAGCCGACACCACCAUUUGAUGAGAAAAAGUGAUGGCGUGUACGACCCCAUGGAGUAUGAGAACCACCCAGAACUGUACACAUCACACUUCAGAACCAGUGUAGCACCCUACACAACUUGUCUGAUUAAUGGUAUCUACUGGGAUCCUCACACACCUCGACUUCUCAGGCGACUUGAUGCUCAGAGACUUAUCCGACCGAAUAAACUCUUCGGAGGAAACAAAGAAGGAUCACCAGCACUACCUCACAGGUUUCUGGCAAUCUGUGACAUCUCAGCAGACACUGGAGGCUCUAUAGAGUUCAUGAAUGAGUGCACUACAAUAGAUAAACCUUUCUGCAUGUAUGAUGCUGAUCAACACAUCGAUCAUGACAGUGUGGAGGGAACUGGAAUCCUCAUGUGCUCCAUUGACAACCUUCCUGCUCAGCUGCCAAUUGAGGCCACAGAAUACUUUGGAGACAGACUCUUUCCUUACAUUUGGGAGAUGGCAAUCAUUACAUCUAAUGGAACUCUUACCCCAAAAUUUGAGUACAUUGAAAAACUUCGAGAAAGAAGGGAGAAGUCACAGAUCAUGAAGAAGACUGGAAUGAAGCGGGUUCUGCUGCUGGGUUCAGGGUAUGUUUCUGGUCCAGUUGUGGAAUAUUUGACCCGUGAUGAAACAACACAGGUCACUGUUGCAUCAGUACUGCUGAAGCAGGCAGAAGAAUUAACUGCCAAAUACCCCAACACCAUCCCUGUGACGCUUGAUGCCAGCAGCCAGGAGGGACAUCUUGAGUCCUUGGUCAAAGAUCACGACCUUGUUAUCAGUAUGCUACCUUACUCAUUCCAUCCACUCAUCGCCAAACAAUGCAUCAAGAAUAAAGUUAACAUGGUGACAGCUAGCUACCUAAGUCCAGCCAUGAAGGAGCUGCAGAGCAGUGCAGAGGAAGCUGGCAUCAUCAUCGUGAAUGAGAUGGGAUUGGACCCAGGCAUAGAUCACAUGCUGGCCAUGGAGUGCAUAGACCAGGCCAAAGCUGACGGCUGCACAAUUGAGUCCUACAGCUCAUUCUGUGGUGGACUUCCUGCUCCUGAGCAUUCUGACAAUCCUCUUCGCUAUAAAUUCAGCUGGAGUCCUUAUGGUGUUCUACUCAACACCAUUAGUCCUGCUGUAUUCCUCAAGGACAACCAGGUGGUGAGUAUCCCCUCUGGUGGCGCUCUGAUGGAUUCCACAUCACUGAUGGAUUUCCUUCCCGGUUUUAAUCUGGAGGGUUUUCCAAACCGUGACAGUACAAAGUAUGCUGUGCCUUAUGGCAUCCAGACAGCUCACACCCUGAUUAGAGGAACUCUGCGAUUUAAGGGCUUCUCACAGGCCAUGAGUGGUUUUGUUCAACUGGGUCUGAUCAACAGUGAGCCACGUCCUUUUCUACAACGUGCUUCUUCACCUAUUUCAUGGAAAGACCUUCUUUGUCGUCAGAUGGGAAUUUCCCCUUCUAUCUCUCAAGAAGCCUUUGAACAAGCUGUAUUUUGCCACAUUGGCCAAGACCACUUCAAAAUGGAUACCUUAAGAUGGUUUGGGAUGCUUGGAGAUGAAUCAGUCCCUUAUGCUGAAAGUAUUCUGGCUGCUGUUGCAAAACAUCUGGAAGCCAAACUUUCUUUUGACAAAAGUGAGAGAGACAUGGUGAUUAUGAGAAAUGAUGUGGGGAUAAGACACUCAACUGGUGAGCUGGAAACCAGACACAUCAGUCUGGUGGUAUAUGGUGACGCAAAUGGUUUCUCUGCCAUGGCCAAGACUGUAGGGUACCCAGCAGCCAUUGCUUCUCGUAUGGUCCUUAACGGAGAAAUCAACACAAGAGGCCUAGUGGUACCGCUGACCCAAGAGAUCUAUAAGCCAGCCCUGGCCCGACUGAAGGAAGAAGGACUGCAUAUACUAUCAAAAUCCACCCUCCAGGAAUAAAAUAAAAUAUCUGUCAGUUUGAAAUUAAGUUUAGAUUUUUUUUCCUUAGUGUAAAGACAUUAUUGCAUUUCCAAAUCAAACACAAGGUCCGUAUUCUUUAUAUCUGGAACUGUGCAUGAGCUGUUCUUUAGAUCAAUAGUGCCCAACCAUUGGGCUGCAGACGGUCCGCGGAAGAACAAAUAAAUUAUACCUGUUUUUUGUUUUGAGCCCUGGUGAUCUUUUAUUUUGAAGAAAAAAAGCAAAACAGAUUCUCUCGGCUACACCUUCAUUCACUUGAGCUGUAAAGUUUGGUCGGGGUAGUAAAAUGACAACGUCUCAACGAUCUUUUUUCUGAAAACUUGACCAGAUUCUCUCUAUUACAUUUUAGUCAUUUUAGCAUUAAAAGCAGGCCAGGGGUGUGCACCACUAGAUAACUUGUAUGUGGAACCUUUCUCUGCAAAUGGAUAGGAUAAGUGCAGGAACAGAAGAACAGACUGAAGGUGUUUGCAUAGAAAAGUGACUUUCACGAAUAAUCUUUUGAACAGUCACAGAAAUGUAUAUUUCAGAGAAGCUUAUAAAUAACCGAUCUUCCAUUAGGGA